CUGGGAGAGCCACAGGUAGGCGGCGGCCUUGAUUGUUGUUAUUGGGGCUGCUUGAAGAAAGCCUUCGCGCCAGGUUUCUGGUGAGACGGAUCGUCUUGCGCUCUCCUUCCCAGUUCUGUCGGUUUCCCAGGGGUGGAAGAGCGGCUCUUUCGGGAAAGCAAGAAGAGGGGGAAUCCCAGGUGACCGAGCGCCUUCGGGGGCGGGGUGGUGGUGUCGCCCGAGCAGAGCCCCUUUCUUCCAGCCCGCUUCCUCGCUGACUUCCACCAACACCGAUCGUCUCUCCCCUCGGGUCUUUCCGUUCGGAGCUGCCCGGCGGCGGCUCAAAAGCUCUGGAUUCCGCUCCCUGCCACGCUCCGCUCUUGCAGCGCCUUUCGGGCUAAGUGGCGGGAGGGCAGGCGGGCGAGCCAACUCUUCCCAACAACGCUCGCUUCGGCGCAAUGUACCUGUGGCGGUUCCCCUGCGGGCCCUGGGCUAACGGGGAUUGCGGCCACGCCAGCUCUUCGCUCCGGCCUUUUUAAGAACGACAGCGAGAAAGAGAAAGGAAGAACGAAAAAAAAAGCUCGGCCUUCUUCGGGCAGGGGACCCGGCAAGCGCGAAGCCUCCGCUUGGGGUUGGAUGCCUGUUGCUUUCCGCCGGGAGAAGCGGAAGCCCAAACGAUGCCUUUCCCUCUGAGGACCGUGGCUCCCCUCCAGCUCUGCCGCUUGGAAGAGGGCGCUGCCGCCCUUCCGAGGGACAAAGAAGGGCACGCCAGGCGGAGCGGCGCGGGGCUCCUCUUCGACUCUUUGGAAGAAGUCUGCUCCCGCUCGCUGGUCUCCCUCCUCUGGCAGCUCUCGGACCUUUCCCGCUGGGCCGGCGACAUCUUCGGCGGCAUCCAGAGCGAAGCCGACAGCUUAGGGUGUCGGAGCGUCCGGCUCCACUGCCGGUUGGAGUCCCUCAAGGCUCUCGCCGGUGGCCUGGACCAUCGCAAAGUCAAAGUCCCUGUCUCCAACCUAGAUGAAGAGAGUAGAUGGACAGUUCAUUAUACAGCUCCCUGGCAUCAGCAGGAGAAUGUCUUUUUACCUUCCACCAGGCCACCCUGCAUAGAGGAGCUGCAUCGUCAGGCCAAAUUGAAUCUGAAGUCCGUGCUGAGAGAAUGUGACAAACUUCGGAGAGAUGGCUAUAGAAGUUCUCAAUACUAUUCUCAGGGUCCAACAUUUUCAUCUCCAUCCAACACAAUCUAUGGAAGUUACCAAGAUGAUUAUGAAGAAAUUGAACAGAAGUGUUCGACUCCUUCUCCUGAAGAGGAAAAGCUUAUUCCUGUCAAAAGACCCAAAACACCAACUCCUGAUGAAUUAUCUGACAUCAACACUCAGACAAAUUGGACCAAAUCUCUUCCACUGCCAACUCCAGAGGAAAAGAUGCGACAACAGGCUCAAGCAGUCCCAACUGAUGUUAUCCCUAUUAAUGUAACAGGGGAGAAUUUUGACCGCCAAGCCAGCAUACGGAGGUCUUUGAUUUACACAGACAGUGUGGUAAGGCGGCCGAAGAAAAUGAAAAGGAGAAAGACUAUUACAGGAGUCCCUGACAACAUCCAAAGAGAGCUAGUUGGCAAUGGCAAAUAUGACAUCCGGGGCCAUUCGUUAUGUGUCCCUGAUCAUUAUUCUACACUAGGAAAAUUUGAGAGCUGUCAGUCUUCUAUGCAUCAGUGUGGCACCAAAGACUCCAGCUGUCAGACAGAAGAAGUUAAAGUGGUGCCACCUUCAGUUAGGCGAAUACGUGCACAGAAAGGCCAAGGAAUUGCAGCCCAGAUGUCACAGCUUUCCAGUUCUUCUGGAAACAUGUCUGUGAUGAGUGAUUCUGCUGGAGUCAUGUCUACUUCUCGCCUAAAUAAUGACCUGGGCUUUCACAGUCUACCUCGGUCUGGAGCAAGAGUGUCCCUGCAGUUACUUGAACGUAGGCAUAGCCUCUCCAAGUCAACCGAAAGUGGACCUUUGUUACAUCAUGUAGGUGUGUGGCAAGGAAAUGAAAGAAUAGAUGAUAUGAGAAAUGGCUGUAGGAUAAAUGGGUUACAGAGGCCAAAAUCUCAAGAAUUAAACUCUGAAAAUGGAAAAACAGAAGGCACAGCAUGUAUGAUCUCUCCACAUGUUGCAUAUUCUACCAUCAUCACACCAAAUGCUUCCCUAUCAUCCACUUCAGAUGUUAUAAAUAACAACCCGGCAGAGAGUCCUGAGACAAUAGAUAGGAAAAUGACGAACUCUUCUUUGUACCAAAAACCUGGAGACAAUCUUGUUGGCAAUGGGACAAUAAAUGCAAAAGAGCGACAUCGCUCUUCUAAUGGCACCUGGAGUGACACCAGCUCAACACGUCACUCACAUUCCUCAGACACCACUAUCUCAUCCAACGGUGUAAUGGUGUAUGCAUCCUUUUGUAAUACAGGCACUACAGAAAGUAUCCCCCAAAGUGUGGCCUAUAAUUUUAGGAACAAUCACCAUUUGCCAAGCCAUUCUCAUGACAUCAAUGGUAGAAGUGAAUCAAGUUACACUGUGGACAGCAUACAGGACAAAGUCAAGCAAAAUGCAAAGCACUGUGGAUUCAACCAUUAUGGAAAUGACACCACCACCUUACACAUGUCAAAAUGCGACAUUCCAGAUUGCUCCGGCUCUGACACCCUUGAAAGAGUCUUAGCCAAAGAAGACUCACACUCUUUAUAUUCUGUGGACAGUGAUGUCUGUUACCCUUCUAUGCAUGUGGAUUCAGAUGUCCAGUCUGUUAAAAGUUGCAGUGAAAAUGGCUUUGGAAAUCCCAGGCAUAGUGUCAUUAAUGUGUUUGCUGGAACCGAGAAGAAAUCUCUGGAAGAUUUUGCAAGUUCCAAUGACAAGUCACUCACACGUAGCAUCUCCUUUAAAAAGGCAAAAAAACCACCUCUCCCACCAUCCAGAACAGAUUCUCUUAGAAGAGCCCCCAAGAAUAAACCUCAGUCCAGCGGACAAGUCCUGGAUGAUAAGCUGAUAGCGAGCCUUCAACAUUCCUUGCAACUGAACCUCCAGUGCAAAAAUGGUGGCUCGCUGUCACAGAGUCCCUGCAGUGAUUAUGACGAUCCUUGGGUGCUGCGGUCUCGUAGCCAGAGCACUGUGAGUGCCAGUAGCAGCAUGAUGUCUGCCACAGGACUCAACAUGUAUUCCAUCUGUGCAGUCACACCAGCCCAGAGUGACACAAGUAGCCUCAAAUCAGAAUACACUGACCAGUGGUGUUACUACAGUGAUUAUCCUGGGAUCCCGGAUGACCAUUUAAAAUCCACAGCAAUUCAUUCCUCUAAUGCUGUACCGAAGCUAAUUGAUUAUAACGUUAGUCACCUUAAUGAUGGGUCAAGGGCUUCUAUACCACAAGUGCCCUCUGGAGUAGCCAAAACAAAAGCUAUUUCUCCAGAAAAAUCACAGAGAGUUACAUCACCAUCUAGUGGAUAUUCUAGCCAAUCCAACACACCCACAGCACUUACACCAGUGCCUGUCAUUCUAAAGUCUAUGUCAACGGGAAACGCGAAGUCCAAGAUGAAGCCUAGAGUGCCUGAAAGAAAAUCAAGCCUAUUGUCUUCCGUUUCAGUGUCUUCCUCUUCCACCUCUCUGUCAUCAAAUACAUCUGCUGAAGGAACUAUGAAGAAACCUGAUCCUACCCUGAGCUUCCCUCCGGUUACAUCAUCUUCACUACUAUCUUCAGAUUCCAAUGACCCUCUUCUUCCUCUCCCACCACCUCCCCUAACAGAUGUUACUGAUCUUCCUCAAUCACCUGAAUCACCAAGUUUUCCACCUCCUCCCCCAGAUGUUGUCACAAACACUUCUUUUCCUCAGAAUAAUGGAUGGCUUAAUAAUCAAGAUACUUCAAUUCAUUCUUCUCACUCUUUACUUCCCGAUUCUUCUCAUCGCCUCCCACCCACUUUUCAAACUUCAGCUCCUCCACCAGCCCCACCCUUAGAUCCCAGAUUCAUGAAAGAUGGACAUAAACCUGUACCAUACUCUUUCAAGAAACAUAAUUUGGAAGGUGCUUGCAACAAUGCAAAACAGCCCUUAAAUAAGGAUGAUGUCCCAAGGCCUGCAAUGCCACUCAUAACUACUGAAGCUCUCCAGAUGGUACAACUGAGGUCGGUGAAGAAAGCUAUGAAGUCAGAGGUUGAGCAGCCAGCCGAGUCUGCUUCCAAGGCAAGUCCUCAGGGAAAAAAACAGGAUCCUUUUUCUGCUGGGUUGCCUUUCAAAUCACAUUUGUCAGGAGGAUACAGUGACAUGCUGGAUGCCGUUGGGAGUGAAGGCCAGAGAGCUUCUGUUUGUAGCCUAACUGGCAGAAGGUCUGAACCUAUCAGUGCUAAAAUGCCCAGAAAUGUAAUAAGCAUAAAUAACUCAUUUGCCAGAGAGUCGCAACCAGACAAAGCUGACGAAACUUUGGUGCAGAACCAAGAGUCUCGUAAUAGUCUUGUAUGUACAUCCCUUCAGGAACAAUCUGGAUUUCUCAGCAAGCCUCAGGAUAUAUUGCCAAACAAGAAGCCACCGCCUGUUUCAAAGAAACCCAAACUGUUCCUGAUUGUGCCACCCCCACAGCCUGAUGUUACAACAGAGAAAAUAGCUGCGGGUGAAACAGCCAAAAGCAUUCCAAGUACAACUGCGAAGGAUGCUGAAAUUGCACAGCACAGCCAGGUUAACAAUUAUCCUACAGAUGGAUUCGGUUCCUAUGAAAUGGAGCCUAACAACCUUGUCUCAGAAGGAGGAGCUGCGAGUCCUAUCUCCUGUGAAACCAGGUUCUCUAUUCUGCAGACCCAGGAGGAGGAGACGGCUUCCUCGUGUGAACAAAGCAGUCCAGACAGAAAUGUAGACAGCAUCUCUGGAGCAGAGAAACAGUUUUCUCAAGGGGAUGAAAGUUCUGAAGCAAUUGAAGCUGAUGCAGCAGCCAGCUUUUUGCUACAGAGCCCAAGCUAUGGGGAAGGCAGUGAGAUAAUGGCAGUGCCAAGUCGACCAAGGACGACUGAGGAUCUUUUUGCAGCCAUUCACAGAUCCAAAAGGAAAGUCCUUGGCCGCAAAGAUUCUGAAGAAGAUCACGCGGCAAAUCAUUCUCCAUCGCCUCCAGUCACACCUACCAGUUCUUCCCCAAACCUGCUUUCCCUGAGGCAGGCAGGGUCAAUUCAGAGAAAUAUUCGCAAGAGCGCCACCAGCAAUGACAACUUCAAAGCGCUGCUUCUUAAAAAAGGGAGCCGCUCUGACACCAGUUCUCGUAUGUCCGCAGCAGAAUUGCUAAAGAAUACAGACCCAAGAUUUCAAAGAGGUAAAGUAGAUUCCAUAGGGGAUCUGAGUGAGAGCAUAGCAGCUUCUCCGACCAAGACCAAAAGGCCUCAGGAGGAAUGGGCCAAGAGUGAAGGCCUCAUGCCAAGGAGUCUGUCUGUCUCCAGCACAAGAUACAGCAGAUCUCGAACCCCGCCCUCUGCCGCAAGUAGCAAGUAUAGUGCUCGAAACCGGAUCCAGAGUAGCCCUAUGACUGUUAUCAGUGAGGGUGAUGUAGAAGUAGUUGAAUCUGCAGAAAACAGAACUCGCAGGUUUUCAGAAGAGGAACCACCCGAUGUAUUUGAGAGUGAUGAUACGGAUAGUAAUGAAAAUAGAGACUCUACUGAGGUUGACAACAUGCUCAAGGACUUGUUAUCUUAACGGGUAACACAGAAUGCCCUUGGUUUUUUUAAUAUUAGCAUUUAAACUAAAAAAAAAAAGUUUAAAUGAGGUUUAAGGUGCUAGACUUUCAUACGUAACCAGUAAAGCAUCGAGUCCAAGUAUAAUUUAGGGUGAAUUUGUGUAUGGGAUACUGUAUAGAAGAUGCAGUACGCUGAUAUUUUGUUCAACUCAAUUGGACUGACUUUUUUGUUUGAAAAAAAAUCUAGUCAUCAGACCUCUGCAUUCAAGCCUUAAUAACAAGAAGUAAUGACAGUUCUUGGAUUCUAGUUUGAGCAUGCUUUUUUU